UAAUCACAUGACCAAGCUGCCCGGCGUAGCCGUAGAAGGAACUCUUGCCAAACACCAAGCUUUUAGUGCAGCUGAAGUGGAAACGAAGCCGCUCGAAAAACGUAGAUCUACAUUUCAAACAGUUGGUUAAUAACCAGCUGAGAUCUGACUGCAACGCUCCUUCUAGAGCUGCUACUCUCUGAUGUGAAGGUCUUAUGGACUGCUAGUCACGACCACAAGGAUGAGCUCCGAUGUUGCAUAUGAGAAGAUGUCCGAUGUGGAGUCGGUCAGGGGAGAGGGACUCGCUAAGUCACAGACGUAUUUCAGGUGCCUCCUGCUCUUCACCAGCCUGACCACGGUGCUGCUGGCCCUCCUCUUCAUCCAGGCCCUGCUGGUGCCUAGUCUGCCCCCCUCCACAGAAACUACAAGGCCCAGGCUCGUCCUGCCUCGCUCCUGCUCCGACCCGUGCAGGAUCUCUUUGGUGGAGAGCAUCCCAGAGGGGCUGGAGUUCAACUCUAGUGUGACGCACCCCUCCAUCUACGACACCUGGCUCCGCCUGAUCCAAGGGGCUCAGAGCAGCCUGGACAUCGCCUCCUUCUACUGGACCAUGACCAACAACGACACCAGAACCAAGGAGCCCUCAGCCAAGCCGGGUGAGGACAUCCUAGAGGAGCUGGGUAAGCUAUCUGGUACUCUGCCGGUCCGUAUCGCCGUCAAUACUCCCACAUCUCAACCGAAGGGGAACCUUGAGUUCCUCAUCAGCUCAGGUGCCCAGGUGCGGACUGUGAACAUGAAAGAGCUGACCACAGGCGUGUUGCACACUAAGUUCUGGGUGGUGGAUAAGAAGCAUAUCUACAUCGGUAGCGCUAACAUGGACUGGAGAUCCCUUACGCAGGUGAAGGAGUUGGGUGCAGUGGUGUACGACUGUGGCUGUUUGGCAGAAGACCUGGGCAAGAUCUUUGAGGCGUACUGGUACCUGGGUGAGACGGAGAGCAUCCCCUCUCCGUGGCCCAGUGACUACAACACCGCCUACAACAAAGACACGCCCAUGGAGCUGCAGCUCAGCGGGACAGAUUCGCUCGUCUACUUCUCGAGUUCCCCACCCUCCUUCUGUCCAGAGGGCAGGACUCAGGACCUGGUCUCCAUCCUCAGUGUCAUCGGCGACGCGCAGCAGUUCGUCUACAUCGCCGUCAUGAACUACCUGCCCACCAUGGAGUUCUCCCACCCCAAACGCUACUGGGCGGACAUCGACACGCAGCUGCGUCGCGCGGCGUACGAGCGUAAGGUGCGCGUGCGCCUCCUGAUCAGCUGCUGGGGCAGCACCUCCCCCAUCAUGUUCCCCUUCCUGCGCUCCCUCGCCUCCGUGCAGGACCCCAACAAGAGCCUGGACAUCCAGGUGAAAAUCUUCAAUGUUCCUGCCACUCCAAAGCAGAAACAGAUUCCCUAUGCCAGAGUCAAUCACAACAAGUACAUGGUCACUGAUAAGGUGGCUUACAUUGGAACCUCUAACUGGUCCGGGGACUACUUCGUGAACACAGCCGGAUCAGCGCUGGUGGUGAAUCAGACCCAGGCCCAGUCCCAGUCGGAGGAGCAGUCUGUCCAGCAGCAGCUCCAGGCUGUGUUCGAAAGGGACUGGGAGUCCCCAUACAGUACCCUGCUGAGCCACGGCACCGCGGACCGGACAGACUUGUGCCACAGUGCCUAACGCUGCCCUCUCUCCCCUCCUCACUCAUCAGGCUUUCCAAGCCACACAAGGCAGCUCUACACUUGGCCUGAUUGAUUCCAAAAGGGAGUUAUUUUUAAAUCUUUUUUUUUUUUUUUUUCUUUUAACACACGACUUCUAAGAACCAGCAUCGUCUAUGUUGUCUUAAUAGGGAAUCCAAUCAUGUGAUACUGUUGCCAAAUGUUUUUGAUUGCGCUGGGUUGUGGCGAUAGCAUUUGGUACCCUAAUGUUGCCCUUGGAGGUCAACCUGUGCCGUGAAUAUGUCCACCCUUGCUUUGUUCUGUUCUGUUCUGUUCUGUUCUGUUCUGUUCUGUUCUGUUCUGUUCUGUUCCGUUCUGUUCUGUGGGUUGGGAGAACAGAAGUGAAUACUAUGCUGGAUAAUCCCGGUUAGGACACUGAUGUGUCCAAGUUGAAAAGCGGAGUUGGUUAACCUUCUCCACAAAAAUCCACUAUGCCACUAAAGCUAAUCUGCUAGUGAAGCAGGUCCAUGCGUCACGUGUAGACUAUGAUUAGCUGAGAAUACUAGCGGGGUCAGGGGUCAGGGGUUUCCCCUCCUUCCUCCUUCUUUUCCUCCUUCCUCUGUUUCUGCUUGACAUGCCAUGGCUUCCUGCCGCACAGUUUGGGCUUGUGGACAAUCUUUACAUAUCUUUGAUAGCUGAAUGGUACAACUCUGUGGGCUAUAGCAAUUUUCUAUGAUGAAUGCACUAAUAAGAAUAUACUGGACUUCGGAUUUGCGAUUGUGGCACAGAUGUAUACCAAGUCAUACGGAGGCCCUGUAUUGUAUUGGGAUAAAUAUUUUUGAACAUGAUUUUUUUUUUUUUUUUAAAAGCAUGAACCGAGUAACCUUUUUUAUUAUGCACAAUUUGGUUUUCCUAAGAAGGUUAAGGUACAUAGAUUUUACAAAUCCACUCAUUGGUAUCUCUACAACAAACAGUGUUUUCUGAUGCAUCAACUGGAAUAUAUUGUAAUAUUUGCAAAACCUUCGGUAUUACCUUUUUGGCAUGGACGUAACGCUUAACGCUUCAAACAUCCAAACCUCUGAAAUGGACAUGGACACUUUCUCUUACGUGAUUGAUCCAGAUACUUGGUCGAUGGCAAAUCAUUGAUUUAAUCUCAGGAAACUUGUAAACAGGGUGUGGGCUGUUUUAAUUGCAUGUUUUGUGGGUUUGGUUAAUCAGAUUCAUCAACCGAAAAAAGUUCUUUAGCUUCCACAUUGGAGAUAAGUCAGAAUAAUGGAUCACAGCUGUUACUCUAGUUUUUUCUUCUUUUUUUGGCCAAAAACUCACUAUGGGUAUUUAAAAACAAUAUUUUAGGGUUUUUUCUUGUUAUUUGAAUAUUGAAUCUGAAUCUUGAGUCUGACAUUUGUUCAUUUUUACCAAACUCAAUUCUGUAACAAACCUGUUGGAGUGAUCACAGUUUUAUAUUUGAAAUAAAUGAGUCUGUUGAAAUUA